AUGGCUGCCUCCGGGCACGUGCUGGACGUCGAAAUGGACUGUUCUUGCUAUAUCGACCCUCUGUCCCCUCCCAUCUCGCCCUUACCGCGCUCCUACUACCGUUCUGCCCGUCGACUCGGAUACGUACAUACGAUAGCAUCACGCACCACGUACUUACUUUGGCCUAGCGUUGUGGACGACUCGUUUGCUCGAGUCUGGUUUCGCUCUCCGUACAUAUGCGUAAUCGUCGCUCCCCCCCCCCGUGUCUCUUAUGAUCUGAUUCGUGUUUCUUCUGCAUUUCCGCGUCGUGAUUAG